CAAACCAACAAACACACGCCGGUGAAAACAUAACCUCCUGUCAACCCCUUGGCGGAGGUAAUCACUGUGAAACAGCGUGCUGUUUGUAUUGCGUGGUAUGUGGUAGCAUCCUAACGCAAAAUCCUAUUGUAGUUCGCAAUGCGAAAGUUCUAUGCAAGUGUAGCAGACUUCUCAACCGAUAGCACUACGCCUCGAAGUCACGCAUGGCUUGGUUACCGAAUUGUGCCUUAGCAGCAGCGGAGAUGCGGCAGAGCGUUUAAAACUCGACCAGGCGGGUGAAGGACCUCAGUGAUAGACCCGCGUUUAUGGCGCGCGGGUGCGUUUUAAGCAUUGGCGCCCUAUAUGCAUGCUGCUGUUUCUAACAUUUCCGUGAAUUUUCUCAGAAAAUGGUUACGAGGAUACAGAACGUCGCGUCCUUCUGUAAAGGAGUUUUCUACGCGAGCGUCGCAGCAUAUAUUGUGCUGUACAGCUUCGAAGGUAGCGAUGACGGCGGCCCGACGUCCGCUCUGCGACACCGUCUGCUGCAGCACAUCUCGCGCAAUGCUAGCUUCCUGACGGCGUCGCUGCAGGGCAGGCUCGGAAAUCAGAUGUUCGUCUACGCGUCGCUGUACGGCAUCGCCCGACGUACCGGCCUCGAACCCGUCGUCGCCGCCGACAGCGAGCUCGGUCACGUGUUUCGCCACCUGGCGGCUAUGAGCAUGCCGAGAACGCUUCUGGAAGGCUUCGACGUGGUGGUGCGCGACGACGCAUGCUGCAUCUAUCGCUCGCAGCUUCUGCGGCUCCCCGCCGGACACGUCAAGAUCGCCUCCUACCUGCAAGCGCAUCGCUAUUUCGCCGACUACGCGAGCGAGAUUCGCGACCAGUUCAGAUUCGACGAGGCGACGACGGCGCGAGCGACGGCUGCGCUGUUGUCGGCGCUGCAUUCGAUUGGAGAGACACCUGGCAGCGGAAACCCGCGCGUCGGCGUGCACAUACGACGCGGCGACUACGUCAAAGUGUCGAAGGUCACCGGACAGAAGAUGCCGCCGGUCAGCUACAUCAGGAAGGCGAUGUACCACUUCCGGCAUCGAUUUCCGUCGGCAGCAUUCGUUAUCGUCACUGACGAUCACGUGUGGGCGCUGGAAAACGUCGGCGGAAGUGACGUCGCCGUCAUCAGCUCGCCCGAACCAGAAGUGGACAUGUGCGUGCUCGCCCUGUGCGAUCACGUGAUCAUCACAACGGGAACGUUCGGCUGGUGGGCAGCAUGGCUGGCGGGCGGCGACGUCGUGUACUAUGCCGACGUCGCUACGGAAGGUUCAUUGUACGCCCGCCAGUUCAGCAGCGACGACUAUUUCCCGCCUUCGUGGAUCGGCAUGACGUGAUCUUAUAUAUAUAUAUAAUAUAUAUAUAUACCUAGCUCCGUUGUUAACGCAGCUAGGUCGGCGCGCUACAGUUUCGCAAUUCGAAUGCGUACACACGACAGACAAUACGCGACCAGCGUGGUGCCGAA